AUGGCACCCUUCCUAUUGAUCUCUAAACCGAUAGUAGUAUGUGUUAUUUUCGUUCUUUCCUUUUCUUCUACUAUAGAUAGUGCAAUAUUGCUAGUGAGAGCAAGUGACUCAUCAUCAUCGCUUGAACAUGAAGCAAAGGCUCUGCUGGAGAGUGGUUGGUGGCACUGGUGGAGUUCCAAUAGAAACAAUACCUCAAGUCAUUGUAAGUGGCCUGGUAUAGCUUGUAACAAAGCUGGAAGUGUGACAGAGAUUAAACCACCUCGUAACUUCACCGUGGGUGACGAAUCUGGGAAACUCAACUUCUCUUCCUUCCCAAACCUUGUUCAGGUUGAUCUUAGUGGGAACGGACUCCAAGGAAGCAUCACUGCUCAUUUUGGUGUUCUUUCAAAGCUCAUGUACUUCAACCUAUCCUCAAAUAAUAUGACAGGUCCAAUCCCUUCAUCCCUUGUUCAUUUGACCAACUUGACAUCUCUAUGCCUCAGUUUGAACCAAAUCAACAGUUCCAUCCCUUCAGAUGUAGGAAAUUUGAAAAAGCUAGUUCACCUGGAUCUUAGUUCUAAUUACCUUAAUGGUUCAAUUCCCUCAUCCCUUAAUCAUUUAACCAGAUUGAAUUAUUUGUCCUUUCAUUCAAAUUUCAUAGAAGGUUUCAUAGACCAAGAAAUCAGGAAUGUAGAACAUUUAAGUUGGCUGGACUUGUCUAAUAACGAGAUGUCUGGUGUCAUACCAAUUGAACUUACCAAAUUAACCCAAUUGGAGUACUUAAAUCUGUCCUCUAACCAACUUUCUGGCCGCAUACCUCCUGGAAUAGACUUGCUUUCCAAUCUUCUACAUUUAGACCUCUCCCAUAACAGGCUUGUUGGAAAUAUCCCAACUCAUAUUGGGAAUUGCAACAAUCUAAAGCAUUUGUCAUUGAACAACAAUAGUCUGAAUGGAAGCAUUCCAGGCCAGUUUGGCAGCCUUUCACUAUUUUAUAUUGACAUUAGUCAUAAUGUCAUUAGUGGAAGGAUAGCUCACCAUCUGGGAGAAUUGACAAGCCUAGAAUUCUUGAAUCUCUCCCAUAAUAAUCUAUCUGGUACCAUACCUGAUUUCCUUAACUCCAUGACCCAGAUAUCAUCCAUUGACUUGUCAUAUAAUAAUUUGGAGGGUAAGAUUCCACGUGAGUUUAAAGAUAGAUACCCACCACAAGCAAUCAUUGGCAACAAGGGUUUAUGCGGUGAAUUCAAGGGUAUGCCUUCUUGCUUGACAUCUACAACCACAGAUUCGGAAGAAGAACCAGAGAGGGAUAGGUUUCACUUCUCCACUGUCAGUCUAUAUCUAUUAUUCUACCUUUCUAUUUUUGGAUAUCUAUAUAUAUUUCUAUCCAAGAAUGAUGAUGUUGAAUCCGAGAGAACUGUAAACAGAAAUGGAGAUUUACUCUCAAUAUGGAAUUAUGAUGGAAGAAUUGCAUAUGAAGAUAUCAUUAAAGCAACCGAGGACUUCAACAUCAAAGAUUGUAUUGGAACCGGAGGUUAUGGCAGUGUUUACAAAGCACAGUUGCCCAACGGAUAUAUUUUUGCCUUGAAGAAACUUCAUCAACUAGAAGCAAAGGAGGCAGCUCUCAUCAAGAGUUUUGAAACUGAGGUAAAAGUAUUAUCUGAAAUAAGACAUCGACACAUUUUGAAGCUUCAUGGAUUUUGUUUACACAAGCAAUGUAUGUUUUUGGUUUAUGAAUACAUGGAAAGGGGAAGCUUAUAUUGUGUCCUAUGCAAUGAUGAUGAAGCUGUUGAGUUGAACUGGACAAAGAGAGUGAACAUUAUUAAGAGUGUGGCACAUGCUUUAUCUUACUUGCAUCACAAUUUCAACCCACCAAUUGUUCACCGGGAUAUAUCAAGCAGCAACAUUCUAUUGAAUAUGGAAUUUGAGGCAUUUGUCUCUGACUUUGGUACAGCAAGACCUCUGAAUCCCAACUCGUCCCAUGAAACUAUACUUGCAGGCACAUAUGGGUAUGUUGCUCCAGAAUUUGCCUAUACUAUGGUCGUGACAGAAAAAUGUGAUGCCUAUAGCUUUGGGGUAGUGGCACUAGAAACAAUAAUGGGAAUGCAUCCAGGAGAGUUCCUCUCGUCAUUAUCACUAUCUUCAUCCAAUCAAGAUGUAAUGCUAAAGGAUGUCUUGGAUCCACGCCUCUCGCCUCCAACAGAUAAACGGGAUGUGCAAGAUAUUGCCCUUGUUGCAACAAUAGCAUUUGCAUGCUUACAUUCCAACCCAAAGUCCCGACCAACCAUGGAAAGUGUGUCUCAGAAAUUUCUUUCUCACAAAGCAACAUUGGUGAAACCUUUCCGUGAAAUUUCAAUAUCGCAACUUUGGCAGAAAGAAUAUAUUUGA